GCGGCGGGGGUCCCGGGGCGGCCGAGCGCGGAGGAAGGACGGGAAGGAGGGCAGGGGGCGCGGGAGCCGCUGAAGCGGAGCGGGCAUCGGACGGACCCCCCAACAGGCCCCGCCCUGGCCCCGGCCCGGCCGAAUGGACCCCCCAGCGGCCAAGCGGAGCCGGGGCUGCCCCGCGGGACCGGAGGAACGCGAUGCCGGGGCCGGGGCCGCGCGCGGCCGGGGCCGGCCCGAGGCGCUGCUGGACCUCAGCGCCAAGCGAGUAGCCGAGAGCUGGGCCUUCGAGCAGGUCGAGGAGCGAUUCUCCCGGGUGCCUGAGCCAGUUCAGAAGCGCAUCGUGUUCUGGUCAUUUCCACGCAGCGAACGGGAAAUAUGUAUGUACUCAUCACUGGGCUACCAGCCCCCAGAGGGCGAGCAUGACGCCCGGGUGCCCUUCACCCGUGGGCUGCACCUGCUGCAAAGCGGGGCUGUAGACCGUGUCCUGCAAGUGGGGUUCCACCUGAGCGGAAACAUCCGCGAGCCGGGGGGCCCUGGAGAGCCCGAGCGCCUGUUCCACGUCUCCAUCAGCUUUGAUCGCUGCAAGAUCACGUCCGUGAGCUGCGGCUGCGACAAUCGCGACCUCUUCUACUGCGCCCACGUGGUGGCCCUGUCGCUGUACCGCAUCCGGCACGCGCGCCAGGUGGAGCUGCGGCUGCCCAUCUCCGAGACGCUGUCGCAGAUGAACCGGGACCAGCUGCAGAAGUUCGUGCAGUACCUGAUCAGCGCCCACCACACCGAGGUGCUGCCCACCGCUCAGCGCCUGGCCGACGAGAUCCUCCUGCUUGGCUCCGAGAUCAACCUCGUGCACGGUGCCCCAGACCCCACGGCAGGUGCGGGCAUUGAGGAUGCCAACUGCUGGCACCUGGACGAGGAGCAGAUUCAGGAGCAAGUGAAGCAGCUGUUGUCCAACGGCGGCUACUACGGGGCCAGCCAGCAGCUGCGCUCCAUGUUCAGCAAGGUGCGGGAGAUGCUGCGAAUGAGGGACUCCAACGGGGCACGCAUGCUGAUCCUCAUGACCGAGCAGUUCCUGCAGGAUCCACGCCUGGCCCUCUGGCGACAGCAGGGUGCAGGCAUGACGGACAAGUGCCGGCAGCUCUGGGACGAGCUGGGUGAGGCCCAAACCCUGGUGCAUGGUGGACACCAGGGCACUAGCUCCCAGGGGGGCUUGCCCGCCUCGAAAUUAGAAGACACAGGGUUUCUGCUUCCCGUACUGGAGACAGCGUUUCCGGCUGGAGAACCUCACUCCAACCCUCUGGACUCCAUCAUGAGCAACCGCUUCCCCCGCUGGUUCAUCCUCGGCCACCUGGAGACCCGCCAGUGCGAACUGGCCUCUGCCAUGCUGACAGCCGCCAAGGGAGACCCUAAGUGGCUGCACGCGGUCCUGGGCUCCAUCCAGCAGAACAUCCACUCUCCGGCCCUGCUCUUCAAGCUGGCGCAGGACGCCUGCAAGACAGCCACCCCAGCCAGUGCGCCACCGGACACCACGUUGUUGGGCAUCGCAUUGGAGCUAGGCCUGCAGGUGAUGCGGAUGACCCUGAACACCAUGACGUGGCGGCGGAGGGAGAUGGUGCGCUGGCUGGUCGGCUGUGCCACGGAGAUCGGCCCACAAGCCCUGAUGAACAUCAUGCAAAACUGGUACUCCUUAUUCACGCCGGUGGAGGCGGCCACCAUCGUGGCGGUGACAGGCACCACGCAUGCCACGCUGCUGCGGCUGCAGCUGGACACGGCCCGGCGGGAGGAGCUCUGGGCCUGCGCGCGCACCCUGGCCCUGCAGUGCGCCAUGAAAGACCCUCAGAACUGCGCCUUGCCCGCCCUGACCCUGUGCGAGAAGAACCACGCGGCCUUCGAGGCGGCCUAUCAGAUCGUGCUGGACGCCGCCGCCGGAGGCCUGGGCCACGCUCACCUCUUCACCGUGGCCCGCUACAUGGAGCACCGGGGCCUGCCGCUGCGAGCCUACAAGCUGGCGACGCUGGCCUUGGCGCAGCUCAGCAUCGCCUUCAACCAGGACAGCCACCCCGCCGUCAACGACGUGCUGUGGGCCUGCUCCCUCAGCCACUCGCUGGGCCGGCACGAGCUCUCCGCCAUCGUCCCCCUUAUCGUUCGAAGCAUCCACUGUGCGCCGAUGCUCUCCGACAUCCUGCGCCGCUGGACCCUCUCGGCGCCUGGCCUGGGUCCCCUGGGCGCCCGCCGGGCUGCCAAGCCACUGGGUGCCGACCGGGCCCCGCUCUGCCAGCUCUUGGACGCCGCGGUAGCCGCCUACAUCACCACCAGCCACUCCCGCCUCACGCACAUUAGCCCGCGACACUAUGGCGACUUCAUCGAGUUCCUGGGCAAGGCCCGUGAGACCUUCCUCUUGGCGCCCGACGGGCACCUUCAGUUCGCCCAGUUCCUGGAGAACCUCAAACAGACCUACAAGGGCAAGAAGAAGCUCAUGCUUUUGGUGCGGGAGCGCUUCGGUUGAGGGGCGGCAGGGUGGUGGGAGUGGGGGUCCCGUCGCCCCUGCCCCCCCGACCCCCGCUCUCCAUGGGGGGCCUCGGCACUGGAGGCCCAUGUGGCAUUUCAGUAUUAAGUCAGGGAAGGAGCCCGGCUGGAGAUGGGAGGCAGAGGGGUGGCGUCCUGCCACGGCCACAUGCGUGCCUAGGAGUGUGCGAAUGAGUGUGCGAGACUCUAGGAGCAGAAGCCAUACCACCACCCAGGAGCCUGGAAGGGGGUGUGUGCUUGGGCAGCCGGUAUGACCCCGCCCUGGGCACCCCAAAAGCAAUAGCAAGCUCCCCCUCUCCAAACUCACAGGCCUGGCUUGGGCUCCAGGAGGUGGCGGGAGGCAGGACUUCCCACAAACUGGCCCGCUAAGUCAAUGUAGCAGACCCCCCCCGAACCCCUCCCCUGGUGGCCAGGGGACUUGUAUUAGGGCAUCUGAGUUCCCUGUGCCCUCCCUCCGCCCCACUGCUCAGGGUCCCUAGUCUGCCGCCUCCUGGGCAGCUGCCCAGCCAGGACCAAUGUCUCACCCCCACUGAAGGAUUUGAGGAGGCUUCAGGCCUCAACCACAUACCUCACCCCCUCCCCCCAUGUCUGGCCAGGACGUGCCCCCAUUCCCUUGGGCACCAGGGUCCCAAGGUGGGCUGGGGGUGGUCAUCACUGCCCCUUGCCCCACCUGCUAGUCACUGGACCUGCAACUCAGGAACCGAGCGAGGCUCACUCACUGCCCCUCCCAGCCUGGUGUCAGGGGACACAGGCACAAGAGAGCCAGGGACCCCCGCCCCCGAUCUGGAAAGGAAAGAGACCUGCUUCUUGGCAUUUUCUGGCUGUCUUGUCUGUCCCUUUCCCCUCCUCUGUCUCCCUGCUUCACCCAUUCCUCUUACUCUGUGUCCACAUUUCUCUGCAUUUCUCUGCGUCUCUCUCGGUCCCAGACGCUGCCUCUCUUUGGCCACCCUUCCCCUCCCCUGCCUUGGCCCAGGGGGAGGAGGGGGGAGGGCGUCCCACUCCCGAGUCACCUCCCCGCACCUUCCCCCCUCUUGUGUAUUAAGGACAAAAGACCACGUCAUUUUGUAAC